CACUUCGUGCCUCCAGUGCCGGUAAUUGACAAUAAGGUUAGGUAGGUACCUACUAUACCAGAGACAGCGGAGUGUUGGUAACGAAAAAAAAAUUCAUAAUUCCAGUACCGAUCGCGUUACAUUACACAUUCGAUUGAGGGUUCUCAAAACCCACGUUUUUCUUCAAAAUUUCCAACGUGUUUGUUUAAAUGUGCACGAAUUAUUUGUUUUCCGACAUCUGUAUUAAUUUUAAACGACGAAAUUAGUUUACGAAAUUUGACUAAGUAAAUCAUCGUUAGAAAAUUGAUCGUUAAAUAUGCUAUUGGGUGUUAAAUUAGUUUUCAUUUGAUAAUGACUCGAAAGGGCAUCAUUACCAGACACUUUAACGUUCGUACUACCUUAAUCGAAAUUCAUUCGGUAAUACAAUCGGUUCGACGUCGGGAAAAUUCCAAUUCACCAUGACACUGAUACCGCAAACUUUACUCAUCUAUUUAUGUAUUUUAGCAAAUGUCACGUGGGCCCAGGCAUUAUUUGAAGAUCCUCAAUACUGUAUCCAACCGCCAAAAAUAUGUCCGAAUCAAAACGUAACAUUUUAUUUAUACACCAGCAACGACCCCAAAUUGGAAUAUGAACUGAGCGUGAACGAUGUGUUAGCAAUCAGGCAGGCACCUUUUAUCAAAGGUGCUCCACUCAAAUUCGUUCUUCACGGAUACACUGGUCAUAAAGAUUACACUCCAAAUCCUCAAAUAAGAAAAGCUUAUUUCGAACGCGACGAACCAGUGAACAUAAUCUCAAUACAUUAUAAAAAUCUAGUCUUAGAAGGAUGCUACCUGAGCGCCGUUCGAAAUUCGGAUCUAGUCGCCAAUUGCACCGGGCAAUUUUUGGACACAUUGUUCGAAGAAAGAUUGGAUCUAUCGUUAGAUAAUUUUCACAUAAUUGGUCUCAGUUUGGGCGCCCAGGUCGCCGGACAGAUUGCUAAUUACUUUCAUAAAGGACCGUUUAAACGGAUCACCGGUCUUGAUCCGGCAGCGCCGUUAUUUUACGCUGUAUUCAGAGAUCCUGCCAGGAUGUUGUCACCCGAAGAUGCAUUAUUUGUAGAUGUUAUCCAUACCAAUGCUGGCAUGAGGGGGAAAUUUUUACCUAUCGGGCAUUUAGAUUUUUACGCUAAUUUGGGAGUUUUUCAACCUGGAUGUGAUUAUGAUAGCUCGUGUUCUCACGAACGUGCUGCUUAUUACUACGCUGAAUCUGUCAAUUCGAAAGUUGGAUUCUGGGGCCACUCGUGUCCAGAUUUAUUGAGCCUGGUAUUGGGACGUUGCAUGUCUUACUCGCCCAGGUGGAAUAAAUUUGGAGAAGAUUGCGAUCAAAAUGCCCCUGGAGUAUAUUUCUUUUCCACCAAUAGCCAACCUCCGUAUGCAAGAGGCAAAGCAGAAUAGUGAGAAACGCAGAACCACCUUAUUUAUUGUAAUUUAUACGUAUUUUAAAUUGAAUAAAUUGUUGUCGU